AUGUCCGACGAGCUGUUCAAUGCAGUGGCAAACUUUACCACAGCAGGGCAUGGUGCACCAGAUGGCUGUGAGAUCACUCUUGUGUUUCCUAUGGCACUGCCGGCUUCAAUCGGCAAUGCGGCAGCGGCAAUGGCGGCUCCCUUUACCGUGGAGCUGUUCGUGAACAUAUCGCUGGAUGCCAUACCUGUAGGCAGCACUAGCUCCAGCAGUAUGGCGGUUCUUGUCGGCAGCUUCCCCACAUGGUAUUUGGCUUUGCGCCGAAGCUCGGCUGGCCAGGCACAGCUCCUUUUCUAUCACAGCCGCAUAACCUUGGCUUCGCAUCUUAGCGCGGAGGACAGCGUGAUUGCAUCGAAUCCUGUUAACUGGGACAACAGCCGACAAGCUUGGCGCCACGUGGCAGUGGUGGUCACCCCAAAUCUGGCAUCGACGCACAAUGUCUUCUUUUUCGUCGAUGGGGAGCUGGCAUCCUCAGGGUACCGUGUCGUGUCUUUAAUCGACAUCCUCGAAGCCCCCUACAUCGCUCCAGCACACCGGGAUGUUUUCCAUGUCGGGCCCAUCAACGUGAAACGUUUUCCGGAGCUCCUGGCUGCCGGCAGACCCUACUAUGACCUGCCCUUGUACAUGGGCCAGUUGGAUGAAGUGCGUGUGCACCAUGAAGCCUUGGACGGGCUGACGCUCGGGUCACAGAUCUCGGAGCUGCGACGCCGUGCGGCCUGCAAUUCGCCCUUUGAGCGGCUGGAGGGUUCCACGUGCCAGGCCUUGCCCAGGCUCACGGCUCCCAACACCAGCUCGGAGCGAUCAGAGUGCCGAACGGGCUACGAGCUUUGCGGUGCAUUGCCUGGAAUCUGUGUGGAAGCUUGCCCAGGUACUUUGCUCCGUCAGGCAGACUGCUCCUGCGACUGUCCGCCGGCCUACUUCCAGACUUGGCUUGCCUCUGCCAUCCACCUGACUGGAUCUGGUGAAGUGAGGAAUGCGACAAUCUACGACGCAGAGCAUACCAUACUUGGCUCAGUUGGCUUCGUAGCGUUGCCUCAGCGCAUUCCUCUCUCGCCAGACCCAUCCGAGGUGGCUGUGGUGGAGGUUUGGGGUGGUGCCUCGGCCAGCUAUGUUUCACUGGAGGUGGAGACGCCAUCGCCCUCCAGUCAACGUCUGUCGGUGGCUUCGCUGCACGACGUCGCCUUGAAGGCCGAUCAACCAACUUUGCUGCAUCACCGCCGAGUCCUGGCCCAUGCCGACCCUUCCUUGAGCUGUUCACGCUGCUCCGGGGAGGCGCCGCGAUCCGCGCUACCGCGGCAGGACGCGAUGUCUUGUCGCUGCGCCGAUGGCUACGGUCCCAACCUGCUGGGCAAGUGCGUUCCGGUCGGUGGGCCACUGCAGUCGCCGGUGAUCAAUCUGGAAAAUGGCACGUACCACACCGCGGGAACUCGCGUUCGCCUCUCCAUCCCACCCGGCCAGGACCUCGAGGCUCCGUGGCUCCUGGCAAUCCGCUACGAGUACGGCAGCGCACCACAGGCUCCGUCCUGCGAAACGUCGCUCCUCUACGAGGAGCCGGCCAAUGUUCCAGAGCCGGGGCUCGACAUCAUCAGGCGUCAGGAAUCCGUGACAUUGCGGGCGGUGCUUUGCCACCCGAUGUGGACAAUGUCCCUGGAGAGUCGGGUAGAGCUUUACGGAAACGACCAGAUGAAUCCGCCUCGAUGCGCUGUGGUCUCCGGAGACCUCUCAACGGAUACCUCCUACGCCUUGCAGGUUGAGGUAGACUUGCUUCUCGAUCAGCAGCCGGAUGCAACGAUCUUUUACGAAAUCCAAGGGAGCAGUGGUCAAGCUACCUUCGUUGCUCCACUGGUUCUGAACACCCCUGGAGUGGUGACGGUCACUGCCUGGGCCGAGAAGCUGGGAUUCGACCCAAGUACUCGAACCACGUGCUCUUACACGAUCGAUGGCCAGGCGCGAGCGCGCCUGACGUUGCAGUGGCCGGCACUCGCGGACAGUCCACUCGAAGGCUUUGCAGCUGAGGAGAACGCUUGGCUGGCCCCUCGAGGAAUGGAAGAGUUGAGCUUCGACAUCGAUGUUAGCGGCGUUCCGGUCGACACUCCCGGGCUGCAGCUGCAGUAUCGUCUAGAACGUGGAGCCUUGGGCUUCUCGUCUUGGACAGAGCUCCCGCCAAGCAGAGGACUUCUGCUGAGGGUUGCGGAGAACUUGGAGGCACCCAACAGAACCACCCUUCUCCAGAUAGAGUGGCGGGCCAAGGAGCCUGGGUAUAUUUGGACUACGCCCGGGUACCUUCGUGUACUCUUCGUGGCGACGCGAGUGGAGGCACCAAUCAUCCAAGCAGAGCCGGUGGAGGCUUGGCACCUUGGCGAUUCGUG